AUGGCCUCCCCGUCGAGAAUCCCAUCGGAUCAACCUCCCAGGUCCUCGUCGCCUUCCAGCUUCCGACCCCGAUCGAUUUCCGCUUCGGUACCUCGAGCAGAUUUGACGGCGCGUCUGGCUUCUCCCAUUCCCAGCCAGUUUGGAACUACGCCUCCUGUGGGAGGUACUCCUCGACCCGAUGCUGCCUCGCGUUCCGAUAACCUCGAUGACCUGAGCCAGCUGCCCGGGACAGGAACCAGUAUGCAAGGUCCUGGUGUGUCUGCUCUUGCUGCCGCUCUUUCCAACUCUCUAGGCCAAUCUCCUCCACGACACGGCACUCCUGCUGCUCGUGUUAGUACUCCUCCGAUUCGCUCGCAAUCUCCUCUUCUGGGCGCUCGGAAUUCGGGAACGCCAACAAAUUAUGGCUCUUUCAAUUCACGCUCUCAGAAUGCGCUGGGUACUAGUGCGCCUUAUGAGGACCCUGAGAUUGUGAAGCGCCACCUGGUUCAGCCUUCAGACGAGAACCCGACUUCAGAAGAGUCCUCGAUCCAAGGUAACACAAAGGGCAAGCAGCCAGCCGAUAUUGGCGGCGCCGGCCUGAAUGAAGACGAGUUCUCCAGUUUGCGCCUACAAGGAGGUGAUGUCACCCGAGGCAUCUACAAGUGGACUGAGCAGGCAGAGGCACGAGCGAAAUACAACCGCAGCAAGAGUUUCGAUCUUGGACGACCUGAGCCGGAAGCCGAAGUACUCGACAUCAACUCGAUAAAGGUCCCAGGUGGUUUCCGAAGAAACCAUCUUCGUCGGUCUGUCCAGAGCCCUGGCCCCCACGGUCAUCUCGAGGAUGGCCACAACUCCCCAGCACCCGGCCAGCAAAGAUUAUUCACAUCGAGUUUCCUCGAGUUCCUGUCCAUCUAUGGACACUUUGCCGGUGAAGAGUUGGAGGAGGAUGACGAAAACCUCGGACCAAACGAGUACUUCUCAUCUGGAGAAGAUACCGACGAAUACAAUUCCGACGACGAGCGAGAGCCAAUGGAAGAUAGUGCCUUGUUGACACCGUCACGACGCCGACGUAAGCGCAAGGUUCGUGGCGGUAGUGGUAACAACAGUCCUAUGAACGCUGCUUUGCUGCUUCUCAAGUCAUUCGUUGGCACUGGUGUCCUCUUCCUGCCUCGCGCCUACCUCAACGGAGGCAUGCUCUUUAGCAACCUGAUCCUUUUUGGAGUCGCUGCCCUCAGUUACUACUGUUUCGUACUUCUCGUCAAGACACAACUCAAGAUUGGCGGUUCUUUUGGUGACUUGGGCGGUGCCCUGUACGGCAAGAAAAUGCGUACUCUCAUCCUAAGCUCCAUUGUCAUCAGUCAAAUUGGUUUCGUAGCGGCCUAUACUGUCUUUACGGCUGCCAACUUGCAAGCUUUCGUGCGGGCUGUUUCCGACUGCAAAUCUUCCAUCAGCAUCCAGUGGCUCAUCCUCAUCCAAAUGAUCAUCUUCCUGCCUUUUGCUCUUUUGCGAGACAUUGGAAAGCUGGCGUUUACUGCUCUGGUCGCAGACGCUUUCAUUCUGAUUGGUUUGGCUUAUCUUCUGUACUACGAUAUCUUGACCCUCAACCAAAACGGUAUUGCCGACAUCAUCAUGUUCAACAAGAAGGACUGGACUCUGUUUAUCGGAACCGCCAUCUUCACUUUCGAAGGAAUCGGUCUCAUCAUUCCUGUCCAGGAGUCAAUGAGACAUCCGGAAAAGUUCCCUCGCGUUCUUCUCAUUGUCAUGAUCAUCAUCACAGUUCUCUUCAUCGGCAUGGGUGCCAUCUCAUAUGCCGCAUAUGGAUCUCACACUGAGACUGUCGUACUUCUCAACUUGCCCCAAGACAACAAGAUGGUCAACGGUGUUCAGUUCUUGUACUCUGUUGCCAUCCUUCUGUCUACACCACUGCAAAUCUUCCCUGCUAUCCGUAUUGCCGAGACAGAGCUUUUCACUCGCAGUGGCAAGUACAACCCUUGGGUCAAGUGGCAGAAGAACGUUUUCCGUUUCUUUGUUGUGAUGCUGUGCGCAUCCAUUGCUUGGCUUGGAGCCGACCAUCUGGACAAGUUCGUUGCGCUUGUUGGUAACUUUGCUUGUAUCCCUCUUGUCUUUAUCUAUCCUCCUAUGCUUCACUACAAGGCCAUUGCCCGUACGAAGUUUUGGAGAGUGGCCGAUAUCGCGCUUUGCAUCUUUGGAUUCGUUGCGAUGGCAUAUGCAACAACUCUUACUGCGAUGAGCUGGGCCACCGCUGAUCCUAAGCAUCCGGGAUACUGCGACCAGAAGGGUGCGCCAGGAUUCUGA